GCUCGCAGUUGAUUCACACGGCAUCGCGCGUCACUGCUUCACUGCUGUAGGCAGCACGGAAUUAACGACGCCGUCUGGACUAACAGUUGCAGCAGGAGGACCAGACCGGACCAGAGGACCAUAACGGAGGACUGCCACCGACCGUCACCAUGGUGACCAUCCCGGAGUACUAUGAAGGGAAGAGUGUCCUGAUCACGGGGGCCACUGGCUUCAUGGGCAAGGUGCUGCUGGAGAAGCUGCUGCGCUCCUGCCCCGGGGUCAAGAGCACCUACGUCCUCGUACGCUCCAAGGCAGGCCAAUCGCCCCAGCAGCGCAUCGCAGACAUGGUCAACUGUAAGCUCUUUGACAGAUUAAGAGAAGAGCAGCCGGACUUUGCAGAGAAGAUUGUGGCAGUGAACAGCGACUUGACGCUCCCCGAGCUGGAUCUGAGCAAAGAAGACCAGGAGACGCUGGCUGCCAAUGUCAACAUAGUCUUCCACUGCGCAGCAACCAUCCGCUUCAACGAGCCGCUCAAAGAUGCGGUGCAGCUAAACGUCCUGGCCACCCAGAAGAUGGUGGCUCUGGCCCACAGGAUGAAGCAGCUAGAGGUCUUCAUCCACGUGUCAACAGCCUACGCCAACUGCGACCGCAAGCUCAUCGAGGAAGUGGUCUACCAGCCACCGGUCGACUACAAAAAGCUUCUUGAUACUUUAGAGUGGAUGGACGACAAACUUGUGGGUGUGAUGACUCCGAAGCUGAUUGGUGAGAGGCCAAACACGUACACUUUCACCAAGGCCUUGGCAGAGUACCUGGUGCAGCAGGAGGGUGGCAACCUCAACGUGGCCAUCGUCAGGCCCUCCAUCGUCGGAGCCAGCUGGAUGGAGCCUUUCCCUGGCUGGAUUGAUAAUUUCAAUGGACCCAGUGGAAUAUUCAUUGCUGCAGGGAAGGGCAUCCUGCGCACCAUGAGGGCGUCCAACAAUGCGGUGGCCGACCUGGUGCCUGUGGACGUGGUCAUCAACACCACCCUCGCCGCCGCCUGGUACUCCGGCUCCCAGAGACACAACAGACCCAGAACGAUGUUGGUGUACAACUGCACAACAGGUGGCAUCAACCCGUUUCACUGGGGAGAAGUUGAGUACCAUGUAAUUUCCACUUUCAAGAGGAACCCUCUCGAGCAGGCCUUCCGUCGGCCCAAUGUAAAUCUCACCUCAAACCACCUUAUCAAUCAGUACUGGAUCGCUGUAAGCCACAAGGCACCAGCCUUCCUAUAUGAUCUCUACCUUCGGAUGACGGGGAGAGAGCCCAGGAUGAUGAAGACCAUUAAGCGUCUGCAUAAAGCCAUGAUGGUGCUGGAGUACUUCACCAGCCACUCCUGGGUGUGGAACACGGACAACGUCACCAUGCUCAUGAACCAGAUGAGCCCCGAGGACCGCCGGGCGUUCAACUUUGACGUGCGGCAGCUGCACUGGGCGGAGUACAUGGAGAACUAUUGCAUGGGCACCAAGAAGUACGUGCUGAACGAGGAGCUCUCAGGCCUGCCUGCCGCCAGGAAACACCUCAUCAAAUUGCGCAACAUCCGCUACACCUUCAACACACUGCUAGUGGUGGUCAUCUGGAGGGUGUUCAUCGCCAGGUCGCAGAUGGCCCGGAACAUCUGGUACUUCGUGGUCAGCCUGUGUUUCAAGUUCCUGUCCUACUUCAGAGCCUCCAGCACCCUCCGACACUGAGGAGGUGAAGAAAAGGGGGAGGAGAGAGGGAGGAGAGGAAGGUAGAGAGAGAAGGGCGUGAAGAGGUGGGGAAGUAGAGGUGGCUUCACAAAAGGAAAGGAAUGUGACCAAGCCUUUUACUUCCUUCCCUCUCUAUUGCUCUCUCUCUCUCUCUCUCUCUCUCUGUCUCUCUCUCUCUGUGUCUCUCUCUCUCUCUCUCUCUGUCGCUCUCUCUCUCUCUCUCUGUCUGUCUCUCUGUCUGUCUCUCUCUCUCUCUCUCCUGGUAAUGCCAUGCACACUCCCCUCCUCCUCCUCCUCCCCCUCCUCUUCUCCCUUUAUCUCAUACAGCUAUGCAUUCAGCGUAACUUGGUCGACUCUCCCGGCAUAUUUGGAAUGUCACUCUUGAGCAGCGAGCCCCCACUUUAGCACAGUGCAGUGACGGCUUCUUUCCUUGCCUGGCUCUUUUGUCUUGGUUAGUUUCGGGGUCUUGCGCAACAACUUCCCAGCCUUACCCUACAUCCCAACUUUCCCACCUUUUAAAAUACCAAGCCUGAGGGAUGGCCUUCCCAUUCCUAUGGAAAGCAAAGCAUGUCUAUUCAGGGCUAUCAAAAAAUGUCUUUCAGCACAAGUGAAGACAAAGAGGUGAAUUUGAAUGAAAUCGCUGCAUCCCUGUCGACCCUGUUGAUUUCUAAAAGCACUUUGGCAACACCUAACACCUAAGACGCAUGGUGCUUGCAGGUGGCCAGGUAGCUAGCUCUGUUUACUGUGUAUUUCUGCAGCUCUGAUUCCAGGAAUGCGGCAUUCACCCCCUCGUUCAGCUAAUGGCUGUGACUCAUUCGUCCCGCUGUUCAAUCAAGCACAAGGACAGAAAAAACAGGAAUGUGACUGCUAAAAAAAUAGCUGCGUGCCUACUAGUUUCUGUAGACAACUUUUUUGCAAGGUCUUCCCAUCACCUUUUUUAGACCUACCCUGAGCUCAAUGCACACUCUUGGCAGAAUACAAUAUUUUCUGUCUUGUCUUUUUCCCUCCUCAAUUUAGAUUUUUUUUUUCCACCCUCAUUUUGAGUUCUGCCAAAUCUAAGUAAUUUCUCACACACUACAUUUUACUCAGCGGCUGUGUGAGGAAGAAGGCCCCUUUGCACGUGAGUGACUUGAGUGAGUGGGAUAAGUGGGAAUGUGCUGUUCAUGCCUCUGUACAGUUCCCUCAGUUCAGUUCCCAGUUUGUCAUGCUAUCGUUCAGCCCAGCCACAGCUGGCAUAGCCCUCGCCACACCACAUGUCUUGCCAUAAGAGCACUUCCUGCUUCUAGUAUCUAGGAACGUUUUGUUUGUUUAAAGACUGAGUACAUUCCCACCUCCAGUUGUCAUCACCUACUUUUGAUCUUUUCUUUUCCUUUUCAUUUGGCUACAGGGUCACUCUCUUUUCCACAACUUCAAUCUGAAUACAGAGUUUUUUGUUUUGUUUUUAUUUUCUAUUGUGAAGGGCCUCUUCACCCCAAACUUACAGACGCGUGCAUACAGCUCAUACGGGGCUUUUCAUCGUUACAAUUUUUUGAACGUGUGGGACAAAGUGAAGUGGCAUAAUCAGAUUUUUUUUUUUCCUGUUCCUUCAAGUCGUGAUCAACCAGUGAGUCACUCUCGUUCCAACCCAUACUGGCAAGCCACAUUCCAGAACGAUAAGUAGUUGUAGUCAUGUAGUGUAGUGGAUUCUGUUUAUAUUUAUAUAAAUACAUAAACUAUAUUUUAAUAUGUAAUCAUUGAACACACUGCAAAAAAAAGAGCGAGCUGCAGUAUGUGAUUCUGCGGUGAGCGUAUGACUAGGAUUAGUGUUGCUUGGUGGUCUGACUGGUUUGUGAACUGUGCCUGACAUUUUUUUGACGUAACACACAAUGUGAAGGAGAAACGAUGUGUCAGUUUUAUAAUCCAUUUCUGUGUACAUUUCCAGAAAGACAUUGUAAUAUUAUUCUAAUGUUGCAUCGUAUUUUUAUGCUUGUAAUACAUACAGUUGCUUUUUGCAUUUACAAAAAAAAAGAUAAAAUGUAAAGGGGGGUGAGCAAGUAGAUUGACUCAAAAGAACCAAAACCCUUAGACAGAUUUCUUAAAAGUCGGUUAUGGUUCUACGUUAAAAAAAACGGUUAUUUUUGUCUUUUUUCCAUCUGGUCAGAAGAUCAAAGAUGUAUAGUAUACCAAAGGCAUCAAAUCUUUGGUUAUGUCGCAUAUCUCUCAUGUCUUGCGUGUCUCAGCCAUUCGUACUCUACUGACAUUGUCUGAAUGUACGUCACUCCAGCCUGACUUCUUUGCACAGUAUACUGAAAGCGUGAGUCAUGGGCUCUCUUUAAGUGUGCAUGUGUAUCCAGUGUGUAUACAUAGAGCAAGGGGAGUUUGAACAUACUUCUCUCUCGACUUGGGUUUGCACGUCUGAUGACGGUUCUUUGUCUUUGAAUUUGUAUUUGUGAGGUUCAUCAUAUGAAAGGGAUGCUUGCCUUCGUGUACCUUUGGUCAUUCCUAUUGUGUUAAAGCUGUCGGGAUGAGCUGAACUCUGUUAGGUCAAAUGGUUGCAAAAAAAGGAAAGAAAUUAAGUUGAACACUGACUAGUGUAUUCAGGGUAAUUUCAUAUCACAGCCAUGUACAGUACAGGAAUGUCCUGUGCUUUCCUUUCUAUUGGAAGAUUCUGUUUCAGUUUUCGGGUCGAGUGUCUUUUAUUUUGUGUAUUGUAAUUAUUUGGUUAUCCCAUUUGCUACAUUACACUGGACUAAGAAUUGCACAUCCCACAUUCAAUGACGGUGUUUACAGAAAAGUGGAUUGUUCUUGAUCAUGCUCUAUACAUUUUCUUGCAAGUCUGUGAUUAAAAAAAAAGAUACAUCAAUGGGUGCCUUUUCUUUGUUAACCAAAUAAAUAAAAAAUAAAUGUUAUCAUGAACCUG